GCAAACAGUGCAUGAAGACUGAAACAGAUCCACAAUACCACCACCGCCACACCCACCACCAGCACCCCCCACUAAACAACCACCUAAAUCACACGUUCCUUUCAAUCAUCAUCAAGACUAGCAAGUGAUAGAAGGUACUAGCAAUUUAAUAAACUUUUCAAAAACAGUGUCUGGUAACCUUGGCAAUGCCUAUAUAUAGGGUUCCUACCUCAAGCAUUUUCAGUCGACAAAGCAUAUUGGUAUUUUAUAUAGUGAGUGACACACAAACAUAUAGAUAUAUUGUGUUAGUUUCAUUUGGAAAUGGCUUUGAGGGUGGUAGGGGCUGCGUUUUUGGUCUUGCUUAUUGUAGACCUCACCUUUGCUGCUAGGAUACUAAAGGCAACUGGAGGUGGAGGUGGAGGGCAGGGAGGAGGUGGUGGUGGCGGUUCAGCAUCAGGACUUGGGUCAGGUUAUGGUUCCGGGUCUGGGGGUGGUGAGGGAUAUGGUGGUGGUAGUGGUGGUAGUGGAGGAGGAGGAGGAGGAGGUAAAGGUGGUGGCGGUGGUGGCGGCAGCGGUGGAAAAGGGUAUGGUUCUGGCUAUGGGUCUGGUAGCGGCUCGGGCUAUGGUUCCGGUGGUGGGGUAGGGGGUGGCGGAGGUGGAGGUGGUGGAGGUGGAGGUUCUGGGUCAGGAAGUGGUUCGGGCUAUGGUAGUGGAAGUGGUUCUGGAUAUGGAAGUGGAAGUGGUGGAGGCAAAGGUGGGGGCGGUGGAGGAGGAGGUGGUGGUGGGGUGGGCGGAGGAGGAGGUGGAUUUGGUCCUGGUUCAGGCUAUGGUAGUGGAUCAGGUUAUGGGGAGGGCUAUGGGUCUGGCUAUGGCGAGGGGGGAUAUGGUUUGCCAUGAACAUGAGGUUACAUUUUCGUUUAGAUAGCACCAUCCAAUCAGUCAUUUGUAUGCUGAAAUAAAAUUGCAAGAGCUCACCCAUGUAUGUUGGCGAAGCGACUGCAAAAGUGCAUGUAUGUCUGUUGACCACCGUUACUAAAAUCACUUUUCAUAUUCCAUAUAUGAAAGAAUACAGUUUUUUUAUAGAUAA